GCUGAGAACAGCAGCCUGGUCUCCCAGAACGUGGCUGUGAUUGCCCAGAGUAGCCAGUUGCAGACUGAACUGUCGGCUGUGCAGGGUGAGUACAGGAGCCUGGUGAAGGACAGUGAGGAGGUACAGAGCCGUCUCAGCUCAGUGCUCAGGGACCAUGAGAGACUCGUGCUCCUGCACCAGGCCCAGGAGGCCGAGCUGGAGGCUCAGGUCCAGAAACAUGGAGCACUCAAAGGCAGCUACAAAACCCUGGAGGCAGAACACAAGGACCUGGACAGCAGGUACAGGCAGCUCCUGGAGCAGAAGGCCCGGUGGGAGGAGAUGGAAGUUGCCGUGGAGACUCGGCAGAGGAACCUGGAGCAGGAGGAGAGGACACGGAGGGAGGAGACUGACGCCCACCACAGGCUGAGGGAGGAGCACGCCAGGUUGUUGGAGAGACACAGUGAGUGUGAGAAACAGCAGGAAGGGGAGCGAGCGGCCCAGAGAGCCCUGAGGAGCCAGCUCAGUGCCCUAGAGCUGGAGAGGACUCACACCGAGACCCAGUACAACAGCCUCAAGGAACACAACCAGCAGCUGGACCUGCAGCUGGCCAAGCUGGGCAGUCAGUGUGAGUUACUGAACCAGCUGAAAGGGAACCUGGAGGAGGAGAACCGGCACCUCCUGCAGCAGCUCGCUGCUCUGAGCCAGGACAACCACACCCUGCUCCAGAAAACCGUCGAGAGUAAGGACCAGUUCCAUGAGGAGCAACGCCAAUACCUGGACAAACUGAACGAGCUGAGGAGGGAGAAGCAAAAGUUGGUGGAGAAGAUCAUGGACCAGUACAGAGUGAUUGACCCAGCCCUACCCAGGAGGAAGGGGAACUGGAUCGCCGACAAGAUGAAGAAGCUGAUCAAACCGCGCAAGGAGCUCAGCAAGGACCAGCUCAGGCCCAUCCUGAUCAAUCCGGGGGGGAGCCUCGACACCGCCGACGGUGCCCCCCCCGCAGAAACCCCGGAGCAACUCCAGACAGCCUCCAGAGCCGUCGGUGUCUCGGACACUCUGAGCCGGGAGCCGCGGAACGCGCAGGCGGAUGCCUCCUACGAGGAUGGGAAGGUCAUGCUGAGGCCUCGCCGGAAGCUGAGCUCCCGGAUCUACAGCUCGGAAAACCCUCGGCAGCGAUUCCGGCAGCGCCGGGUGGGCUGGUUUCCGACGGAGAGUGAAGAUGACGAGGCGGAAGGGGCCGACUCUUCCCCCAGUUGCAGUAGCACCGUCAGCCGCGACAGUGAUCCCAUCCUGGAUUCCACAGAAGUUUCCAAGAAUCCAGAGUCGAGCCAAGGUUCUCAGAAGAAACUCCCGGAGGAUGGGACAGUCGCCGACGACGACAACAACGCAGCUCCUGGAGAUGGUGAAACCCCGAACUGAGCCGAGCGGCCUGGCACUUCUGUUUUCUGGUCUUGGCCCUGCUCCUGUAACCCCCUUCACACCACUUUGUAACCUCGCCCCCGUCCCCAUCCCCCUCUCUCACCAACUCCUGCCCCCACCCAGAACUGCUACCUGCCCUCUCUCCCAGCUGUGGGGGAGUGGGGGUGUCUGGCGCCCAGGGGGUGAUGCAGUGCCCUUCCUGAGGGCUCCGGGUGGGGGCUGUUGUCACAGACGAUGGAUCUGUCCCCCUGAUGGUUGGAUGCCGGGAGGUUGGGGUUGGAGUGCGACGCUCCCCACAGUCGAUCAGCCGGCUAGAGCAUCUCCCGGGUA